AUGAGCAGUCCAAUAGACAAUACCAAUAUACCACCGCCUCCUACCUUCUCUCCUCCUCAUCAUAUUCAAGCGAUCGUGAAUGCCUCAAUCUUUCUCAUCUUGUAUUUGAUUUUACAAAUUUCCAUUAUUGUGUUUGCAUGUCGAGGAUGGAAAAUCAUGCAACGAAAUCAACGAGUGUUGUAUGUUUUGGUAGGAGUGUUUGUUGCAUUGCAAAUGCUUGGUGUUGGUGCUGAAUUGAUUCAUAAUGCUGCUAUUCUGAGUGUCGUGACAGAAUCAUCACAAUUUCCGAAUUCUAAUUUGAAUUCUGGAAAUGUUUCAAUUCUGGCAUCUGUUUCAAAUCUGAUUGCAUUCUUGAAAUUGUUACAAUUGCAAAAUUUGUUCAUUCUCAUGUCAUUCAUUCAGAAUAUUUUUUUGACAACAUUACAUCGAGCAGGUGGAUUAUCCAAGCAAGUGUAUCUUCUACUUCAAAUCAUCCUCAAUAUAUUAACCAUUCUAUUGACCUUACUUUCAUAUGCAGCAUUUCUCACUGCGUUCAUCAUGAGAAUAGUACAAGAGGCUUCAAAUAUCCAAUUAGAUCGAGUGUUAGUUGAAGCCUUUGGAAAAUUGGGAGUUUCUGUCUAUUUCUUUUCCUUAUUUGUGAAUACAUGUAUCUUCGUGUUGAUUAGCAUUCGAUUGUUUUAUGUGGUCAAGACACGACGUUCGUCCUCUUCUCAAGUCAAGCAUACACAUGCAAUAUUUCGAAUAUUGAAUCAACCAUUGACCAAAAUAGUUGGUCUAUUGUUUGGAAUGAUAUUGAGCGCGUUGUGUUUUUGUUUGGGAGUUUUGGGUCUUCUCGUGGCUCUUGCUGAUUACAAUGUGUUGAUGGUCUAUUACUUUUUUAGUGAUUUUGGUGUGUUGAUUUUUGCAAUCAUGGUUCUCAUGUUGUACAAUCCAUUGACCAAUGCUUCAUCAUCGUCAGAAAAACAGACCAUUGUGACCCCUAAAGCUUCUCCUGCUACACGUGAACAGCAGCAGCAGCAACCGAAUAAUCCAUCGAAAAAUGAAUCUCAUGAAGUAGGCGUUUCGUCCAAAGUAUGA